AUGCGUUUUUCAACUACCAUCCUCGCUGCUGGCUUGACAGCAACGACACUUGCAGCUCCGAUUGUGGAGAGAGAUGAUUCCAACGAUGAUUGUGGGUGGGUACCUACUCAUGUCGGCAACCCAGGUCAUGCUGUAAAUUCUACAUCCACAGUCUUGAAUCUCCCUUCCCCUCCCAUAAACCCAGGCGGACCCUUGAUUUCAAUCGAGACUCUAGCUCCCCAGCCAACGACUGUAAUCCCACAACCGUCAAGAAACACCAUGAUUUCAAUUUCAGUUCCAUCAGAAACAGCACCCUCUGAGGCAGUUGCCAACGUCUCCGCCGUAUUACCCACUGCCAAAUCCUCCGGGAAAUUCAAAUUCUUCGGUGUCAACGAAGCGGGCGCCGAGUUUGGGGAAACUGUCUUCCCAGGUAUCGCAGGGAAAACGUACCAAUGGCCCAGCACGGCUUCAAUAGGCACACUGAUGUCGAAAGGAAUGAACACCUUUCGGAUCCCAUUCUUACUUGAACGCAUGACAUCCGGAUCGCUGAACGCAAAACUAGACACUACAUAUCUCUCCGACCUGAAAAAAGUCGUUUCAUUCAUUACCGAGAAGGGCGGAUACGCCGUGAUUGAUGCUCACAACUAUGGUCGCUACCACGGAAACAUCAUCACCUCAACAGCAGACUUCAAGACCUUCUGGGGAAACCUCGCUAAGGAGUUUGCGGGGAAUGAGAAAACCAUCUUUGAUUGUAAUAACGAGUUUCACGAUAUGGAAAACUCGCUUGUUGCCCAGCUGGAUCAGGCUUGUAUUGAUGGUAUUCGUGGUGCUGGUGCGAGCAAACAAUAUAUCUUUGUGGAAGGAAAUGUAAGAUUACGUUCCUACCCUCCAAACCUUAUAUCUAUAUAAAAACAAAGCUGAUAUCAUCUAGGUCUGGACAAGCGCAGGCGGCUGGGUAAAAUCAGGAAACGGGGACUCCCUCAAAUCCCUCACCGACCCCUCUAACAAAAUCAUCUACGAAAUGCACCAGUACCUCGACCCCAACUCCGGCGGGAAAGUAGCCGAAUGCGCAUCCACCACCAUCGGUAAAGAUAGUAUAAUCAAAGCAACAGCCUGGCUCAAAGAGAACGGCAAGAAGGGAGUCAUCGGGGGGUACGCUGGUGGAGCGAAUUCUCAAUGUAAGCAGGCUGUGAUGGGGAUGCUGGAUGCUAUGGUUGCUGCUAAUGAUGUGUGGAUGGGGGCGCUCUGGUGGGGUGGUGGUGCGUUGUGGAAGGAUGAUUAUGUGUAUAAGCUUGAGCCGCCGAGUGGGCAGGUUUAUGAGGCUUAUAUUGAUUUGUUGGGGAAGUAUGCUUAG